AUGGGUAUGCCACCGCAACCAGUUUCUAAUGGGCUCAUGUAUACCACUUAUGCCAUCUUCCUAAUAAUCGGCCUCGCUCUCGCCUGGCGAUACCGUGGUCAAUCAAAAUUGGAAUUCAUUCAUUCGAAUCGCACUCAAACCGCGAUCCCCGUGGCACUCAACUUUAUAGCCUCUGGUGAGUGCUGCUACCGGCGCAAUGGCCUUCGACAUGUGAUAGGCCAAUUGGGUAGUUCAGCAAUGGGAUCUGCCAUCCUAUUCUCCUAUCCAGAAAUUGGGACUAUUGCCGGCGUGCAGGGAGCUAUCACUUAUGCUGCUUGUUCGGCCUUGCCGCUCAUGUCGUUUGCCAUUUUGGCGCCAAAGGUGAGGAGGAAGUUGCCGGGGGGUUUCAUCCUUACCAUGUGGGUGAGGGAGAGGUAUGGACCGUAUGCGGCGCUUUAUUUGACCUUUUUGAGCCUUGCCACCAUGUUCUUGUAUAUGGUUGCAGAAUUGUCUUCUCUUCAACAGGUCAUCAGCACCCUCACCGGCCUCAAUGGUCUCCCGGUGGUUAUUGUUGAGGUCGUCGUCACCUCGAUCUAUACCUCUCUUGGUGGCUUCCGCAUCUCCUUCUUGACCGACAACAUCCAAGGUGUAUUGAUUGCCGUUCUAAUCGCUAUCUGCACCAUUGCAAUCGGCACAUCGGUAGAAAUUGACCGCUCCAGGAUCGGCCCGUCAGGGCUAACCCACGACACCCUACUCGGCUACCAAUUAAUCUAUAUUCUGUUUACAGGGAUCCUCUUCAGCUUCAUGUUCCUGUCCAGCUUUUGGAUGCGCGCAUUCGCAUCAAAGACUGAUAAAGACUUAUGGAUUGGGGUAUCCAUUGCUGCGGUUGUAAUCUUCGUCAUCCUCCUCCUCGUUAGUUCUACCGGCUUCAUCGCUGCAUGGGCGGGUGUCUGGGAACCAGGCAUGUACGGUGGCAUGGCAUUCUUCCUACUACUCGCGGAACUCCCCUCCUGGGUGGUUGGGUUUACGGUAGUGAUGGUGGUGGCACUCAGCUGCGCCAUCUUCGACAGUCAGCAAUCGGCGAUGGUAUCUACAAUCUCAAAUGACCUCUUCAAAAACAAGUUGUCUCUCAUCUGGGUCCGUUUCUUUGUCCUCCUCGUCUCUAUCCCGGCAAUCGUCGUCGCUCUCAAAUCCCCUUCUAUCCUCCGUAUCUUCCUAAUCUCAAACAUCUUCUCCUGCGCUGCGAUGCCUUCGAUCCUUCUAGGCCUUUUGGACACAAUGUAUUUCCUUCGCGGCGUAGACAUUAUCAUCGCAGGCGUCGGUGGUAUGCUGUCGGUAUUCCUGUUUGGGUGCGCAUACUAUGGCGAUGCAAAGAAGGCUGCUGAAUUGAUUAUCCUGACGACGGGAUUAUACGCCAAUGACUGGAGUGUGUUCGGGGUGUUUGUUGCUGCUCCAGUGGGUUCGUUGAUAUUCUUGGCGCUGGCUGUCGCGUGCCGUAUGGGUGGUGUUUGGGUGCGUUGUAAGGUUCAGGGAGGUAGGUUUGACUGCCUUGAUAAGCCGUUGCCCAGAGAGGGUGGAGUUUGUGAGGGAGAUGGGACCCCCGGUGGGAGUUUGGAGGACGUGGAGAGGAGGAAGGUUGUGAAGUAGAUGGAUCGUUAAUGGUACUGUGCUCGAGUACGGUAGUUGUAAUCUUGGUUAUGUAAAUCAAUUGGAUCGUUGAGGGAUAGACGAAGUUGACCAAUCAAUUCCCGGUAUUAUGGUACUGUUAUCCCUAUGAAUUUCAAUCCCGUCGAUUCAAUUCAUCUCAUUCCGAAAUUUUGCAAGGUGCAGCCGGAUUAAAGUUAUCCCGGUAGCCUGAGGCAUGCCCUGAAUCCCACGAAUGCGAUGACGAGGUGCGUUACCUGAAAACCACGUAUGGUACCGUACCCAGUCUCGUAAUACAUUGCAGCACACUACGAGUAUUCAAUCCUAGAUCUCUCUAUAAGUACCGGCACAGGUAUCCUCCCUCCCCUUCUCAACCACCCAUCAAAUACCAACCCCCGCGCCUUUCAAAUCCAUAGCAAUUCGCCUAUCAUGUUCGAAUUUCUAUUUGUACUGAUAUUCAUUCUAAUCUUCGCAUUCAUCCUCAAAUCAUACCGGUAUUCUCAACUGCGCCGCAGACCUGACACACUUCCUACCGAAGCUCUAAAAGCCGCCGCGGACCUCGCAAUCUCCGAACUAAUCUACACAAUUGCGGCCCUGAUCGAGCGGUAUAAAUAUAUAGCGGACUGCCUGAUGGCCAGUAAUCCGCGUACGUGGGGCCUGGGCCCACUCGGCACCGAUUUCACAACCUUCCACGUCGACGAGCGCUUGACGCACGACAUGGCGGACAGUAUGAUCGUGCUGCUCCGCUCGGCGCAUCGUGACCUAGAGUGCGAGGCCGAUGCCGUCAAGGCCUUCUGGGAGCAGUGGGUUCGCACAAACGGCCGCAUGCCCCGAGACGAGGUGACGCGCGGCGUCGAGAUGCUGACCGAGUGGCGCGAUCGCAAGAGGGGCGGAGUUGCAGAUGACGCAAGGAAGGUGAUCGCCGAGGUGCACAAGUACUUUAGCCUUGAUGAUGGGAUCGUCGAGGCGGAGGGGCCGACGGUGGAGCAGACUUUAGCUCAGGUGGAAGCCGGUGGAACGGGUAUGGAAGUGCAUGACUGUGGGAAUGGUGGGAGCAAGAGGAGGAAGAAGGGGGGGAAGAAGAAGGGGGGAGCGAAAUGUCAGUAGCCGGGGUGGUGUUUCGUGUGCGCACUAUGCCGUUAUUAGUACGAUAGGGUAGUGCUAGUUACUUACUGUAAUACGGGUUUACAGAUGCUUUUU